UCAAGUGAAUAGGAAGGUGUGCCUAUAGAGUCUCUCUAUAGGCACUCUAGGUGUGCCCAAACGUUUGACUGUUGAGCUCCCUGACACGCCCAACCCGCAAGUGUAGUACAUAAACAGCUACCUGGCAUUUUUGUUGUCAGAGCUCCACUUUUAUACGGAUUUCAACCCUCAUUGUAAACAUGACUACUGAAAAGUGUUUCACCAAAGGAAGUGUUGCACCUGAUCCAGUGCCCGAAGGCCGCAUCAGACUGUACAGCAUGAGGUUCUGCCCCUUUGCGCAGAGGGCCAGACUGGUGCUGAAUGCCAAAGGGAUCAAGUAUGACACCAUCAAUAUUAACCUGAUGGACAAGCCUGACUGGUUCCUUAAGAAGAAUCCCCUUGGUACUGUCCCAACACUGGAGACACCUGCUGGUGAGGUGGUAUAUGAAUCUCCUAUCACAUGUGAAUACCUGGAUGAGGUCUACCCUGAGAAGAGGCUGCUGCCUUCCAACCCGUUUGGUAAAGCUCAACAGAAGAUGAUGCUGGAGCAAUAUUCCAAGAUAAUGCCAUACUUCUACAAGAUCCCGACAGGCAGAAAGAAUGGUGAGGAUGUUUCAGGACUGGAGACUGAACUGAAAGAGAAGUUUACCAAAUUAAAUGAGGACCUGGUUAAUAAGAAGACCAAGUUCUUUGGUGGUGACUCUAUCACAAUGAUUGAUUACAUGAUGUGGCCAUGGUUUGAGAGACUGGAGAUCUUUGAAGUGAAACACUGCCUAGAUCACACACCGGAGCUGAAGAAGUGGUCAGAGCGCAUGUUAGAGGACCCUGCUGUCAAAAUCACCAUGCACAGCAUGGACACCCACAAGGCCUACUACAAGAAUUACGUUGAUGGGAAACCCAAUUUUGACUACGGCCUGUAGAGAACAAAGGCCAACACCAGUAACCGUCCAGCAUUUUGUUUAUACUCGUG